AUGGCGAAGCGAGGCCGUCGCCGAAAGCGUCUUUACACUACGAGCCGCUACAAGCGGGCAUCAAAAGCCCAGGCUACGAAGACAACUCCUGUUCUGGUAGCAGGAAACAGCCAAGAUCCGACUGACGGAGAACACGUUUGGAAUGAAGAACCUGCCAACGAUGAAGCGUCAGAACUCAGGACAAGCGGCCGGCAGGAGUCUGUUCCGAUUGCUCCUGACACGUUGGCUACCCGAAAAUUUAGAUUGUCGUCGAAUGUCGUCACUAGCUCAUCGCACACUACCUCAUGGUCUCAGCGUCUCGAAGACUCAUCCAAUGAAAAUGGUUUUCUCCAUCGUCAAAAGAACAGUGAUCAACUGAAUAUUGAUGCUUACCCUCCACCUAAGCCUGCUGGUUUGAGCUCGUGUCUGAAUGUUAACCCUGACGCUCCAGUUCAUUCUUCUGUGCUCGUUAGUCUCCAAACAAGCAGAAAUACGGCAUCUUCGGAACAGAUCUUGCCUACUCGUGCGGACUGUCGCCCCAGGCCACAAUUGUUCAAUGGAAAUAACAAGAAGGCCAAGAACAAUACCUCCACCGGCUGCGUCACAGCUAGUGGCGCGUCAGACGAAGGAUCCGAUUCCGGGAACGACAGAACCGGAACAGCCAGUGACAGGUCUGGGUUCUGCGUCGAUUUUAACUAUCAACCAAGAAACGAGGAAGAAGAGGAUGAAAUUGAUUCAAAAUCGUGUGAGGAUGAUUCCGAUGCACACAAUUUGGCAGCUGAUACAGAGAAACUUCUGAGUGGAGACGCUCAGCUGAAGUCUGUAGCAAGCCUGCUGAACAUGUUACAAGAAGGCAAGGAGCAGCAGCAGCUGCUGCCUGAUGAUGGUGCUGAAAACCUGAGCGAUUCGGAUUACGGCAAACCAAGCAGCGCUCAAUCCAAGUCGUUACGCUUGCUGAAGAUGAAACUCGAGGAUAGCGACAAUACAGAGUUUGACCUGGGGUCUUUUCAACGUCGGCGUCGCAUCGCCUUCACGCCCCGCCAGUACAAACUACUACAGACAACGUUCGAGCACAACAACUUCCCCGAGCCCUCAGAGCAGCGCAGCAUCUCGCUGCAGCUGGGGGCGCCCUACCGCAGCAUCAAGAUGUGGUUCCAGAACAAGCGCGCCGCCGUCAGGAAGAGGCUAGGACCUGACGCCCCUAGGGCUGCGGGAUCUCCUCGUACAAAGUACAAGAACGCAUCGGAUGCGAACAGCUGCUUCUAUUGCGACCUAUGCCCGGCCGCCUUUAUUGCCUUGCCGUUCCUGAAGCGCCACAAAGAAUACCACCAAAUAAAGACCUAUAACUGCAGUGACUGCAACGCUGCCUUCACCCACUCCGACCUCCUCACCACUCAUUCCCGUGCCAAGUGUCGAGAGCAGGAUAAGCAAGUCGAUGGAAGGUGUGGGGGUUCCUCUGACGCCAAAAAACUAAGAUCUGAGCUUAAAAUGAAACUGAAUCGUGUAUCGAGUCAAGCUUUUGCUGACGCGGCUGACAUCGACACUGGGAAUCUCUCGGCUGAUGCAGAGGACGGAUCUGAAGUCGAAGUGGUUGAUUUAUGUGAUGGCCCUCAGGAACCUUCCUCUGGAGUUCCACAUCUGCAUACUCACGUACCUAAGCUGGACAUGCAAGCCGACAGUAAAAGUUCUUCAAGAUCCCUUAUGACGACUGUUUUGAAUAUUCCUAAAUUACCGGCUUUGAAAUUUUUAUCGUAUGUUGGCGAUGGGCAAUCCGCAACCGAUAAAAACACUGAAUUAUCCGCUGAUGCUUCGAUACCGAACCCCAGUGUAGUCCCAGUGCCCGCUUAUACUGGCUUCGGUUCUCCUGUGAGUUUUGAAUCAAGCGACCGGUUCCCAGAUGCUCCCGAAUUUAUGGCUCAUAGACCAAGUGAAGACAUCGAGGGCCUCAAAAUUUUGGCUGAGCAGUGUCUUGUGCAUGCAUCCAGUUCCGGAACCGAGGCUACAUUAAGUCAACCAAUAGACUUGCACAAACCUAGACCCUUGCAAGACCACUUGGAAAACAAUCGGUCGUUGGCCGACACUUUAGAAGUGCAGUCGAAUUCCAUUAAUUCGACUCCAACUGGUGAAUCUUCUGGUACUGCUGACCAGCAACAGGAUUCAUUGGACGAGAAAGCUGGCGACCUUUGCGACAACUCGACUGUAGUGAAAGGUGCAAAAAUCCAAGCCAGGGUAACCAUGCUUCCGAUUUCAGCAGCGACCGCGUUAGAUGCUGACUCAGUACCGAUGUUCGCUCGUUCUUUGCCGUUGAUUGCUGCUCUUCAUCAAAUGAGCAAAGUCAACGCCCAACAUUCCAGGGAGAUGUCGGGCUCUUAUCAACACGAACUCAAUGGCGAUACGGAACAUGAUUCUACCGAAGAAGUGGAUUUGGACGACGAGAAGGCAGAAUUACUUUCGGGUGAUCAAAGAGAAUUCUGCGAGGACGACGGGGAAACAGCUGCCGAAGGCUCUCAUAAACCGUCAACGGAACAAAUCAUCCCUGCUGUUAGGAAUCAACUGUUGCAACAAGCGUUACUAAAUCAAAUCAAGCAACACCAAAAGCACGAACAAAAUCAAGUUUUGCACAAACUUUCGAAAUAUUAUGCUGGUGUCAGCGGCAACAACACGGGAGAAAUAAUCUCCAGCAGCCCUGAUCUGACGAUUCGUCGACAACAAGAACCUUCUUUGGGUAUCAAAAAUGAAAUGAUUUUAGACAAUGACGAAUCUAACCAACUCAAAUUUGGGAAUCUUACAAUUUAUCCCAUCAAAUGCAAACCAAAAAUUGAGCCUGCCUCAAGUUCCCAACCCAUAGACUUGUCCAGCCGAGCAACAUCACAAGAAGACGAAGAGUCUUCCGGCAUGAACUUGUCCUCAGACACAGGUCCAGAAAUUUCGGUACACGCUCCAAGGCAGCAAUUAAUGCUCAGCUUCCAUCAAAAUUUGCUUAAAAUCUUAGCUAACCAAAGCACUAAUGAGGGUCCGGCAACUACUGAAUCAGAUAACAGUGAUGCCGACACGAGUAACUCUUUAGCUCUGUUACCGUUCCUAGCAGGAGCUGUAGGAGGCUUGCCAGCUAACGCGCUCAUAAAGUCCCUCCUAAGCGCAAAUAUCCUCCUGAACGCCGCGCACACAACACCUGAAACAGAAAAUAAUCCUGCAGGACUCGAGCCUCCUAGCACUGAUGCUGGCACUCAUAUCUCCUCUGGUGCAUUCAAAGAAAAAAUUUUCUCAGCUUUGCUCAGUCAAUUGAUCAACAAAAAUAACAACUCCGUGCACGAUCAGAAUUGUCAGCGAGAUGGCAGUAGAGACGGCUUGGAUUUCGAUGCGCAGGCCGGCAAAGCGAACGGCAGCAGUUGCUCAGCCACGACGACGACUACGACGUCUGGUGGCAGACCUCAGCGGCGCCGGACGACGGUGUUCUCAGAGACACAGCACCGCAUCCUCUACCAGCACUUCACGCACUGCAACUUCCCGGAGCCUGCCAUGUUCCGCAUACUGGCUAAGCUCAUCGGACUUGACGCAGCUGUCAUCAAAAUCUGGUUCCAGAACGAACGUUCGAGACAGCGCAAGAGGGCCAGCUUCAUUAUGGAAGGAAAUAAAAGCUUUGCCGACAAGCCCUACAAGUGCAUGGACUGCGACAUGUCCUUUGCGAUGGCCACCUUCCUGGUGAAGCACAGCGCCAGGCAUUCACUCCACGAUCAGUCACAGACGAAGACGAGAACUUGUCCAAUUUGUUCAUUGAGAUUCGAAACAGACGCCUACAAUGAACAUUUACGUUCAGUUCACCAGGUCGACAUGAUGCUCGAAGAGGUGAAGCCUCUCGAUGAGAAGGAGGAGAGUGAGAAUUUAACCUGCUACUUGUGUCAGAAAUCUUUCGAGGAUCCUGAGGCUCUUUUCAUCCACAAGAAAGAUCACCUCAUCAGCAGAUAUGGAAGCGUUGCUUCAUGUUCCAUUUGCGACUCGAGUUUUGUGAACGCCAUUUGCUUAGAGGCUCACAUGCAGACUCAUUACAAGCUUGAGUGGAACUACGAGUGCAGCAUGUGUCGCAGUCGCUUUCCUGAAGAAAUUUUGCUCAGGUCACACACAAUGAGCCAUGGAAUUCCAGCCCCAGCUAUUUCCUCUGUCAACAGGUACAGAAGCCAGACUCAGGAGUGCCAAAAGAAAAGCAUUAUUGCGACCCCAAAUGUGGCAUCCUCGCUAUCUGGCCCUGACCUAACGACCUUGUAUACAAAUGAUAAUUCUAAGUCAAAUGGAAUUGAUGCUGAGAAAAUGAUGGACUCCGAAGAGGUUUUGAGGAAGCCUAUUUUGGGAGGGCUGCUCGCGGGAAAUCCGCAAUGUGUGGAUACUAAAUUCAUUUGUAAUUCGAGCAGCUCUUCAAUCCAACUCCCUAUCCAGAUAAGCACGUCUCAAGUUACCUCCACACAAGCUGGAACACCUCUUGCCAUCCGCACCACUGAUGCAGAGGGCAGGAGCAUCAUUCAGCUUCUCCCGGUCCAGCUCGUGCCUGCAGUGCACAACCCCAACAGUGAUAGCAGCUCCGAUAAUUUAUUCAACGCAAGAGACGCAUCAAGUAUAGAUGAACCUCAGACGUUAACCUCUACAGUGACGCCAAAAACCAAGAAAAAACUACCUGAUCUUAUUCCGAUUUGCGAGUACCAAACAGCUGCUCGGAAUAUCCGCGAACAAAUUCAUGGAAUGACGAAUACCAGAGAGGAAAAUACUCAUAUCGUCCAGUCUCGUGCCGAUUCCAUUCUAAAAUCUUACAUUACUGGAACAUUGCCCCGCGUUUCUGGAAUCCGGACUUCCGCAGACUCUUCGACCACGCAAACAGAAAAUGCUGCGUUCCCAUCGCUCGUUAAGAUUGAGCCGGGCUUUGCUAGUUCAAUGGAUUCAAAGUCAAAUUUGAAUGUUGAAUCUCCAGGGACAGAAUGCCCUGAUUCGAAAUCAAAUUCAGGAAGGAAUGAACAUGUAUCAAAUGAUGGCGCACAUCUAGUGUCACCGCUGUCAAGCCUCGGGUCUCCGGGAGGCGUUCGGGUCGUGGACUGUUCUCAGCUCACGUCGAGUCAUCACGAUUCAUUCUCUGAAGAAAACUCGAAACUUUUCAACCUCCUCAGUCAAGGCUUGCAUUUAUCCAAAGCUAACGAAGCAAAUGACUAUGGAAACUCAGAAGACGAACCACAUGAAGAAAUGAACCUCGGCCCGUGCAAUCGGGACUCUGAUGGCACAGGCAGCGAUGACGAGCUAGUUAUUGACCUCAAGGAGGGAAACGAGAGCCACGACAGCGAAAAUGAGGAUUCAAAAGACCUUGCGGCCAAAAUACGCUCUGAAAUGGCGGCCUCCGCUUUGAAUCCUGGAAAUGUGAAAGUUAACUUGCAACUUUUACGAAGCCUCAACCUUGACAGUUUGAACUGCAAUGCAGACUUGAAAAAAUAUGUAGUUGGAACAAUUCAACAAAUAAUGAAGUUGAGAGAAGAAGAGAUGCUUACUGAAAAUGAGCGAGAAUGUGAUUCUGUCUUGUUGCAAAAUGACGAUGGCGCGCUACCGGACCUCUUGGACGGCCGGGGCCCAUCGCUCGAGGACGGUAGACCAGAAGAGCAGCAGGAGAAUAAAAAAUACCGUAACCGUCGUGAGUACACGCAAGACGAGCAGCUUAUUUUGUUGGCUCAUUUCCAGCACAACCACUUCCCUCCAACUCGUGAACUUAAACUGCUUGCUAAAAGACUUAACAUCACGCACCGACAAAUCAUGCAUUGGUUCCAGAACCGCAGAAGCAAGGAACGUAAAUCUCUACCGUACAGUCGCCGUGUUUCACGUCAGUGUUCUGAUUGUAAGGCAACGUUUGUCCACGACGAAGGACUCGCUAGCCAUAAAGCAGAAAGUCACGACCCUUCGUCUGUUGCCGUGCAGUUCGUGUGUCCUGUCAAGUCGUGUAUGAUGUCGUUCCCUAGCGCCGUGCUCUUGCAGACACAUGAGCUUCUGCACGAUAAGAAAGACGCCGGGUUCCGCAAGUGUUUAUCUGAAAUGGAAUCAACGACUGUCAAGAAAACGAGACGAAUCUUGCCGAAGAAGCUUCACAUGGAGGGCUUCAACUCGAGUCUGGCGCUCAAAAUACCUGGCUUGAGUUCGUCGUCAUGUUCUCCGUACACGUCGCCCAUGUCGUCUCCUCCGCUUCCUUCGUUUUUGUCGUUGAAGCCAAAACUGUUGGGCACACGGUUGUCCCUGCCUGGUCUAGAGGGUCUGUCUCUGCCGGGAUCGAAUCCUGCAACAAACAUGACAUCAACUUACCCUGUCGGCAAGGGCUUCCCAGUUGUUAAGUCUCCAACGAGUACUGCUUCUGAAGUUGGGGCCACUGCGCCGAAUAAUAACGAAGUGACUUCGUCCGCCGGCAACGAAGACCCAGCUGUGCAUAUCAUUAACAAACUUCAUCUCAAUAUAGAAUCCAAAUUCUCUCAUGGUUGCGGUGUCAAAGCGAAAACAAGUCCAAGAUGGUCGUUUGGAAGCCUAACGUCGCCAGACUCGUCAAUGCCAGCUGGACCAGCGUCACCCAUGAGCAGUGCGGCGAGCGUGUGCAACCUCGCGUCCGAGUCCCUGGCUCAGCUGAACUUCCAUUUCCAAGAAAACAACUUCCCAAGUCCACAGGAACUUCUCGCCUUGAGUCGCGAGUUUGGACUUGAUGUACAGUCUCUCUCUGCUUGGUACAAAUCGCAGCGCCAGCUGACCGUAUCUAAGGAACUGGUGGGAGGCACGAGUAUCAGCUGCUGCUGGUCCCCCACCCUGAGCGGGGGGGCGGUGUUCGUGGGCAGCGACAGCGAGACCGAGCAGACCUGCCCCAUGUGCAGCGCCGCCUUCGUUACCAAACGCGACUUGCAGCAGCACAUCAGACUACACUCUGACCCCGCUGCUUUUACAUGCGAUGUCUGCCACGCAGUGUUUCGUCACGAGUGCGUGUACGGCAGCCACGCAGCAGAGCACGCAGUGUCUGCGUGCGGUGAAGCGGCCAUGUCCACCACUGACCUCCUGGCGGUCAGGUCUCCUCCCCCCAAAUGUCCAUCAAAACCACGCGAGUCUGGCCAUCAGCCAAGAACUCAAGCAAAUUCAAGUCAGGACUGUGACUCUAAGCUCACAAAAUCAAGUAAAAAAGCCUCAGAAACGGAGAAAAUCGCCGAUGAAAACGUACUUUUGACGAAUGAAUUCGAAAAAAUUCAGGCAAACAAUUGUCAGAAAUCCGGAAAUCUUCGCGUCCGGAAAUCAUUGGAUAGUGUGACUUCUAGGACGACUAAUAAAAAAACGUCUUCGUUUAGACAUAAUUCUGAAGGCAGUAAAUUAAAUUACAAGGCAAACAGUAAUGAAAAACUUGUCUGCCGGCGAUCCUCCUCUGGCUGCCUAAUCAUUAGCAAGUUAAGUGCAGUUGGAAAUACCGGAUCUGGCAAGCGACCCUUAGACAACGAUGAUAUAAAUUCUAGUGACGCGCAAAUAACUGGUUUAAAAUCAUCUAAUGAAGCUAACGUCACGUACUCUUCACCAACAACCCCUAAAUUUCGAACAGUUUUUGCUUCAAACGAACGUUCUUUGCCUAAAGGCCUCAACGGCGUCAAAUCUGUUGAUGCUUCAGCCCCCAACGAACGAUCGGCAGCUGGUAACCGAGUACUACCGACCGAUCUACUGCGAGGCCAACCUUCCUGUAGUGGCAGUAAGGGAGAGUUGAAACUCUCGCUUAAAUUACCUCCAGAAAGAGCAGGAUGUGCGCCAACUAAAAUUGAGAAUAAUGUUGUGUGUGAAGGCAGUCCUCCGUUAGAAGCACCUUCCCUGAGCGGAAAGCAGUUGAAGAUUUUGGAGACGCACUACGAGAGCAACAACCUGCCUCGUGGCCCUGAGCUGCGCUUGAUAUCGCGCCACUCAUCUCUGCCUGUGAGCAGCAUCGUGCGCUGGUAUAGCGGCCGCCGCCAGAGAGAGCGAGAAGAGCUUAAUAAAGUGAAGCAACCUGUGUCUCGUGUGCAGUGCCCGCACUGUAACAGCUGCUUCAUAUCUAAAGUGAAACUUGCGCCUCACAUACAACUGCACUUGGCCGCGCAUGAAGAGACUGGGAAUGCGUGCGAAACGUGCGGGGCACAAUUCCCUAAUGAAGUUCUUUUAGAAACGCAUCUUUUCUGCCACGGGCUAAAAACAUACAAACUUUACCUUAAAAAGAAGAAGAUAAUGAAUGCAAAAGAACGCAAAGAAAUUAAAAGUGCUGGAAAAUCUGCACCACCACGUGAAUCUAUUGAGUCUUCCGAUUCAACUGUACAAUUAAAAACUGAAAUGGAAACUGAUCUCAUCGAUAGUUCCAGCCCCAGUACAGGGAAGACUGGCUUUAAUAAUGAUAUGUCUGGAAGUGAGGAAAACACGCAAGUAAUUUCCCAGAAGACUGUUGAGUGUCAAGGUUGUGAGCCGGAGGAAGUGAGUGCCGUAAAAUGCAAUAGGAUUGACGUAUCUAAUCCUGCCCCAGAGCUUUGUAGUACUAAGAGUGAACAUUUUCCCCUAAUACCCAAACAAAAUAUUGCGGAAAAUAACGAGUCCACUGGUGAACAUGCAUUUCACAAUAAUGUGCUGGACAAAAUUGGUGCACUUGAAAAAAGUCAACUUGAAAUCGUGCAAGGAAAUUCGGACUCUACUAUGUCUUUCAAAGAAAACUCUGUGGACUCAGCCCUCGAGUUGUCUGUGCAGUUCCUGAACCAAUCCGCUCCAGGAAUUAACUCGCCGCCUGCUUCUCGCCAGCAAGAAUUCGAUAACGACUCGGCUAUUUUGGAAGAUAAUAAAGUUUCGGAUGAGCAAUUGGUGCCAAAACAAAAUAGCGUUAGCGACUCGCUUUCAAAUACAGCCUUUGAAAGUAACUUUCAUUCAAAUUCAACACAUUGUGAUGGUGGUGCAGAAUCUCUAAAAGAUGUCGUGACAGCUGACGAUAAGUCCUCUCCCUUGGAAAAUAAUGAUUCAUGUUGCUUGUCGCCUGGAAACCCAGCAAGUAAUGCCGACGCAACUCAAAUUUCCGAGGAGCUUCUCUGUGACGACGAAGAAGGCGAACCGCUACCUGAGGGAGAAGUUCUGGACUCGAUCAUCACAACGUACACAAUUUCUCAGUAUAUCGCUGAAGAGGAGAAGCAACAGAUUUCGUGAGCUAGAUAAGGCUAGUGAUGCCUAUAUUAUGUCUGUCUCAUAACUCAUCAACACUUGUUCAAACUUUUACCAUGUGCCGCUAGAAAUUCGAUUCUUUGUAAGUUUAAUUAUAUUCCUGAGCUUAUCUUCAACAUAUUCAAUAUCAACACUCAUGAAAAUUGCUUGCUCAUUGAAAAGGCUGGCAUGACACUCAGUCAUUUUCAUGUGUGAUUAUCUCACUCAUAUUCAGAAUGUUUUUUCUUACAGAAUUUUCUCUCCUUGAAAUUUGCCUCGUUCAAGAGUAAUAACUUGGGUGCUAUCUUGGCUUGGUUUAUAGCAUCAAUGUGCUUCCCUCCGGAAAAUGAACGUGCGGAUCAUUAAUAGUCAUAGUUAGUCGUGUUAAACUUGGUAGAAAUAUCCUUGCACGACGGAAAAAUUGUGAUAGUCCUAAGAAACGAUGCGGCUUCAUUCUUUGAAAAGUCUGUGAUCGCAAAUUCUACUGCCACCAAUUCUAAUAUGGCUGAAAAAAACGUACCUAUCUCUCAUGAAAUUUACUCAAAAGAAAUUUGUAGAAUAACGAAAAUUCUAAAAGAUCGUUUAUCGUUACUAUUAUCCAAGUUUUUUAAGACGGAAUGUUUUAUUUUACAUUCCUGCAGAUAUUUCAUUUGACUAAUCCAAUGUACCUAUUGAAUCUAAAAAUUAAUUUUUGUUUUACGUGUACUCGACUGAAGUGCUUGUCACCUGGGCACUAAUCCCCAAAUUUCAAUGGUCAUGAUAUAACCGCUAUGUAUUGGUCGUACCAUUUCUUAAAAUCAGUACAAAAUUAUAAAGCUAAAAUUCUAAUUAAUUAGAAAUUUACUGAGCCAGUGUUUACGGUGAGCAACUCCCGUUAUGAUCUUGCAAUAUCUGGUGCAAAACCAAAUCAGAAAUGUGGUGCCUGAGGUGUGCAAUAUGGAUCUUAAUCUUUAUAAAAUAAAUCUGUACAUAUAAUUUUCGGGAAUUGAGGUCUUUUAUCUACGAAUGGUGCGUCAAUCAGUAGCAUGUUAGGGUAUUAUCAACGGUUGAUUUGCUUGUAUAAACCUUUUGAAAACGGAUGUUUUUUAGCUUAACUGUCGUACUCGGUCGCUAUGUUUGCCUCGGUCAGUUAUGGCGAGGUAUGUUGAAUCUGCAAAUUAUGUGCCAUUUUUCAAUAAUUUUAUGAUACGCUUCAAACUCGCGCCACUGAUCGAUAGUUGAGUUCUGUUGUUAAGAUGUUAAUUUUAUGGAGAAGAGGGAUCGCAUUAAAGGGGUCUUACAUUAGCAAGUGGCAGAAAAGAAUGGCGUAAAGGCAUUAAACUACUAUUCAAAUAACUUUGAACUUUAUCACAUUGUGUUUUUACUUUCGAAGAUUUUUUUAUUUCAGAUUUUUUUUUAUUUUAGAAUGUUUUUUCCGAAUGUUUUUUCUAUUCGUACUGGGUUUUAUUGGAGGUUAUUAACUACUUUAUUACCACAGCAGAAGAGUGUAUACAGUGUAACUCUACCGUGUUGUCAUGACAGGCUCUGGACGGUGGCUAUCUACGCUUAGUGCGUUAUGAGUCGCGCGAAUGCGUAUCUUGUUAAUCCUAUUCAUAACGAUCAAAACUCCUUGGGGUCUGAUCAAGACUUUAAAACUGAAUGUUUGUGUUUUUCAUCCAUCGGCAUUAUAUAUUUUUUUUGUAGCACUGGUGUAUAAGUCUAGAACUUUUGAGUGUGCCAUCGAUACCAGGCACGGAGAUUCGAAUGACAAGUUUCUUCAACGCGGCAAACUUAAUCGUAAUCUGAACGAAGCCAAAAAAAUGUUUUUAAUAAUAUUCAACUAGGAGUUAAACUCUUUUUAGCGUUUAUGACUGAAAACUUAAUAAUACAGCUAUCUAUUUUAUCAAAGAUAACAUGCCAAUUCGGUAAUUUAUU